UGUGGGAUUCAUUAAAGAGAAAUAGCAAAGCAUUGGUAGUUUAAUCUUCAGCUUGUGAGCCGAAAUACCAGGAUGAUAGGUGACGGGGUUUUAAAUAUAAUAUAAAAAAUGUGUCCUCCGGUUGGAUUUUAUGUGUUAAAAAGGUUAAAAAAAUCUCGUUCAAAUAAAGGUGUUCUUGAAGGAAUGCGCUGGUAAAGCGACAUCUACACAUGGCAGUCAAGACAUAAGUUUACACAGUUUACCAACACUGUUAAACACGCACACAACGCAACAAUGGCGACUUGAAGUGCUGGCGUGCGUUAGUUCGGGAGAAAAAAACCUUUUCAUUCGAUAUAUGCAAUCCGUGGUAAUUUUACUAAUAAUAAAAAGUUAAUGUGAAGUAUACGGUUAUUACAAUAAAUAUGUGAGUGCAUAAACAACGCUGGUAAACCUGAUGUGUAAUUGCAAAUUUGGGAGGCUAGCGAUCUUGCACGAUAGAAUUUACUUUGUGGUUCCUUCGCCCCAAAAAAUAGCCAAAUGAUAUACAUACACUGACGUUCUAAUCUGGUUAUUAUGCUAUGUUACACCGGAAACAGAAACCAACAUAAAAAGGUCUAGUACAGAGCGUAAGGCAUGGUAAAAUAAGGGAAGCGAACGAAGGAGAUGAGCCAUAAUAUCGCAGGCAUGCCACCCUAUGCAAGGAUGCCACUGGGGGGAAUGGGAAUGGGGGUUGGACUUGGAAAUAACGCCCCUCAUCCCGAACCACCUCCUCACCCUCAUCCGCCACCGCCGCCUCCGUCGGGGGGAAACCCCAAGAAGAAGAGGCGGACAAACGCCAACGUCGCACAGCCUCCACCUCAACCACCUCCCAGCGUGCAGGAUCUCUUACCACCACCUUUAACCGGCUACGGAGAUACAAUAGUCGCGAGUAACCCCUUCGACGACACACCUCCACAGUCGACGCAAAGCUCGAUGAUGCACGGAGGUCCGCCUCAUAUGCAUCCUCAUCAUCCUCACCACAUGGGCGGUCCGCCGAUGAGAGGGAUGAGCCCCCUUGCGUCCAUGGGUGGAAUGAGUCCCAUGAUGCAGCAUAAUAUGGGAGGUAUGAGUCCAAUGGGCAAUUCUCCGAUGGGAAACCACAUGAACCACAUGGGGGGUAUGUCUCCGAUGAACCACGCGCCCAUGGGGGGUAUGAGUCCGAUGAAUAACAUGGGGCCGGGUCCGAUGAACAGCAUGAACAACCACAUGAACAUUGCUCACAUGGGAAAUUCUCAGCUCAGCGGUCCGCCCAUGGGGAGUCCAAUGAACAGUAUGAACAGCGGUCCGAUGGGUAGUCCGAUGAACAACAUGGGACACAGCAUGGGCAGUCCCAUGGGCGGCCCUCUCGGUUCUCCCAUGAACAGCAUGGGUGGGCCGAAUCAUAUGUCCAAUGGCCCAUUGAACAUCAAUAACAUGAACAGUCACAUGCCUCCGAACAGUCCUCUGAACGGGCCACCUAUGAACAACGUGAACAGUCCUCUGGGGCACAACGGUCCUCAGGCGCACCCACCGCACAUGGGAGCCAACCCCAAUAAUCUGGGGAGGCCCAUGAACGGGCCCAUGAACACGAUGGGUUCUAUGGGGCCCAAUAACAUGAAUAUGGCUGGUCCCAAUCAGAUGAAUAACAUGAACAUCGGAGGGCCGCAAAUGAACAAUAUGUCUAACAUGAACAUGAGCCAUCACAAUCAAAUGGGGCACAUGGGGGGCCCGAUGGGACCCAUGGGAGGUAAUAUGGGCGGUGGACCACCAAUGGGACACCCUAUGAGCAUGGCUGGGCCGAUGCCUCCGCAUGGAUUCCAGGGACCGCCUGGAAUGGGACCUAAGCCGAUGCCUGUAUCCGCAGGAAAGAUUUAUCCCCCCGACCAGCCAAUGGUGUUUAACCCACAAAAUCCAAACGCGCCUCCCAUUUACCCAUGUGGGGUUUGCCACAAGGAGGUACACGACAACGAUCAGGCCAUCCUCUGCGAGUCCGGUUGCAAUUUCUGGUUUCACAGAGGUUGUACGGGUCUGUCAGAAGCGGCAUAUCAGUUGUUAACAGCUGAAGUUUACGCAGAAUGGGUUUGUGACAAGUGUUUACAUUCGAAAAAUAUACCUCUCGUCAAAUUCAAGCCAUAACACCUCCCGAUUACACACAGAACACUUUGUUAAUGUUUUCACCCUGCCACCCUGUUUGUUAAUAACUUUACUAGCUUUAACUUGUUGAAAAAUUAGAUUAUCCGUGUGAAUCGAGUUAGUGAUAACGUGAACAGCGGUUUGUUUAAAAGUUACGAUACCACUGACUGUUGAGCCGGUGAAAAUAAAGAUAAAAAUUAAGGUUAUAAAAAACAAAAAACACACAAAAAACAAAAAAAAAAUAUAAAAAAUAAAUAAAACGUGAACGACGAUGACUUGUUCAGAAAUUAGUUAAUUAAAAAUAAAUAAAUGAAUAAAUAAGUACAGUGUCGAUGGAUGGAGUCUACGUUUCCAGAGCUGGGUCGGAAAGUAGAAGACAAAGAAAGAAAAAGACUUAACAAAAGUGUCGGUUUAUAAUUGAAGGUUGAAGAUUAAUGGAAAAGUGAGAAAAAAAAAAUAAUGAAAAAGUGUCGAAAAUACAAGAGAAACGCGAUAAGCCUGCUGCCGAUUUCUGAAAAGUGAACCAACGUGCACCCUGUUGAAUAACAGAUACAAAAACAAGAAAAAAUGAACACUAACCUUGGGACAAGAAAAACAAAGGAAAAAGGAUUAUUGAACCUGUAGGAACUCGAUGAAACUCUUAUUGCUAGAUGCGUAAAUAUAAAAUAAAAAGUAAAAAGCAAAAAGUAAAAAUAAAAAUAAUAAUAAAAUUGAAAACAAAUGAUAAAUGUAUGAAAAUGUGUGAAUGGUUGUUUCGGAGUGUGUGUUUGUAAAGUGUGAUCUUUGCUUCCUACUUUAUUGGACGUGUUCUAGACAAAUUUUUGCCUAAAAUCGUUUCAUUAAUAAUCACUAUAAUCGAAUCAGUUAUCGUCAGCUAUUUGCUCGUCAAGAUUUUUCUUCUUCUUUUCUUUUCUUGUUUUUAUUUCAAUUUUAUUCAUGGCACAACUCUACAUUGGAUGAAUUUACCCCGUACAACAACCAUCCGUAUGUAUCAUAACACAAUUAUACAUAUUUCUCUUUGAAAUAUCAUCAAUUAUUAUUGUUGUUUUAUCUAAUAGUGCAUUUGAUGGAUUCUUUGACGAUCAAAGCUAUGUGUGGAUCGGUAAAUAAUUCUUGCCAUCUUGGCGACGACGAGAGAAAGUUGAUUUACGAUUGACUUAUAACUUUGAAAAGUAGGUGCAUUUAUAUUGUAUCCAAAAAAGAGAGAAAAAAAAAACAAAAAAUUUAAGUGAUAUUUGUUCAGUUAUCACGACUAUUACGAUAACCGAACUCUUGACUGUGUAAACAAGAAGUUUCGAUACUCUCAAUGAUUGGCAAUUUGAGAAAAGAAAAAGGCAAGAAAAACUCUGAAAUUUACGUAUGGUUGUUGUGUUCAUUCGGUAUCUGGAAUUCUUUCGUACUGGUAUAUUGAAAAUGGAAGGAAAAACAAAGAAUUAGAAGAAAAAGUAUGUAUAUAUACGUAUAUGUAUAUGGUAUAUAUGUAUGUACGUAUAUGAACGACUGAGUAUUAUUUCAAUCGUUGAUAGAGGGAAAUUAAUAUUCUGUCAGCAGCUAAACGUAUAAAAUUCAAUUUCUCCAUGAAUUGUGUAUAACUUUUUUCUUUUUCUUUAUUAUACAUAUAUAUGUAUAUUAUAUAUAUAAUAAUGACAUAGCCAUUGGUUAUUUUAUUUCUUUCUUUUUCUUUUUCUUAAAAACAUUUAGGGAAAAUAUUUCAAAUGCGUACAAUUUUUCAAUUUCAUUAUUAUUAAUUGCGUACCAUGCAGAGAAAAUCCUAUUUUGCAUAAUGCUCAUUACUAGUUUUUACAACGAAUAGAAUAUUAUUACCAAAAUAUACCUGUUGUCUCCUAGUUUUUUAAAUUCUUAUUUUUAUUUUAUUUUAUUUUUUAUUCUAUUUUUUUUAAUUUUUAUUUCAUUCAUCGACGAAAUAACUUUUCAAUAAUUCAUUUAAAUGACCUCCUGACCUCGGUAAUCCUCUCCCCUAUAUCAAACUUUAAAGUGAACUUUAAAUAUUUUUGAUUCAUGACCACAAAAAUCCAUUCUGGACAGAGCUAAGAACGAGUAACGUAACGUCGUGUUUUUUCAUACUAUUAAAAAAUUCAUGUUUGAAAAAAAAAACCAUUUAUCAUAAAUUAUCGACAUCUUAUCUCUUACGAGACGAAGAUACUUGUACAAAGAGAGAAAAAAAAACGAAAAAUUAAAAAAAUGAGAAGGAAAAGGAAACACUUUCUCCAACGUUUCUCAAUCUGAGAGUCGAAGAACUUCGAUUGAAUGAUGAGAAAAUUGCAUUUCGUAAGCCAUUUUGGUAUGAAAAGUGUAAACUGUAAGUAUUUAAAAAACCAUUGUAACGCAGGAUUGAGUAAUCGAAGGAAAAAAGUAAACGGAUAAAAAAACUCAACGAUCCAUUUAUGCUCCAAGUAAGAAUUACAAUCUGGUCAAACAAUGUAGGUAUUCAAAUACAAUUUGUUGAGACUGAUGACAAAAUCAAAUCGUCGCGAAAAACUUCUCUGUUUUAGUUUGUACCUGAAAUUGCUCAAAAUAUCGAAACAGAUUUCGUAUAUUGCUAGAUUUUUACUUCUCACGUUUUCUCUGCACUCUACACGCUCCUCUCUAAUAUACAUAUACAGAUUGAAUUGACGUGCUCAAAUAUUUUUAAGAUUUUAGUUGUAAUAUUUUUUAUCGAAAAACCAAAACCAAAAAACUGAUCGAAAAUCUUUGAAAUCCGACCACAUUUGUGUUAAAAAUACACACGCGCAGACGUUCUUAACUGGAGCUUAGAUGCGUAUCUUUUAAAUUGGAAAAAAAUUAACAAAAUAAAAAAAACCAUGGCCAAAUACUGAACCGCGAUGAUAAAAAUUUACUUUGGAAAUUUUAUACCUCAAUAUUUUUACCAAAUAAUAGUAUUUAACCGAAGUCUAUAACAUUAAGAAUGUCUUUAUGAUACUAAAAUGAAUAUAUGUAAAUAUACAUAUGUAUUUUUUCGUUCUUCUUUUUUGUUUUCAAAAUUUGGAAUCUCGAACCGUUCGCUAUGUACAUAUUAAAAUAUCGAAUCCUGCUUUCUACAUUGAACUCAUCGAUCCAAAGCACUAAUUUUGUAAAUUUAUCACAGCGUUUCACAUUUGUUAGAGGUUUUUUUUCGAUUUCUACAUUUUUUUUUAUCUCUCUUUUUCUGGUCCACAUUUUUGUUCAUCGAUCUCGAAACGUAGCGGGAACCCAAACCAGACGAAAUUUUUUUCAACAAGUUCUUAUUCGGACAUUGACACAUUGACCGUUCAUUAUAAAGUACUGAUAAAACUUUAAGUCAUCGGAGGAGAAAAAGGGAAAGAUAUUUGGUACCUUUAUCGUAACACCUCAUCUCGUCACCCUAAGCUAACUUUUAAUAAAAACGAAAAAGAAAAAAGAUAUGAAGAAAAGCAAAACACAAAAAAGAGAAAAAGAAAUCAACAACAACUCGACACGCAACAAAUUGUUCAUAGUUUAUUUUUUAUCAUGUGAAUAAAAAUAUAUAUAUCAGCAAUAAAAAAAAAUUGUUAUACAUUAUA